AUGUUUGAGGACAGGAUCCAUGGCGAAGGGCUCAUCUCCAGCCGGACCAUCACCGGGACGCCUAUGGCGGGGGCAGAGAGGUCUGUGAUCGUUUCUGCUGCACUUGGUGACUUGAUUCUUCGCGGAGGCUGCUGGGCAAACCGGCUUGCCGGGAGCGUUUUGGCGCAAGACGGCGAGGACCUUGGGGCCCGCAUGUCCCGCUCGGGGGGGGGCGUGCCUUCGCACGUGCUCGUGGAGGCUGUCAUCCGUGAGGCAGACAAGCGGGACAUAACAGUGGAAGCCGGCCAGGACCUUCGGCUAAAGAAGAGCCCAAUACAAGGAGAAAAGAGCCUUGGAAAGUUGAAUGGAGAUACACCAAGUGAUACGCCAAUGGCGAUGCCUGCACCAGAUCGAGUUGCAGGAGGAUCCCUUCAGGCCCUGAUAGGGAACCUGUCGGCAGCAGCGCAAGCUUUGGCGAGUGCUGCAGGUACAGGAAGUACCAGAAGUCACGACUCUGCAGCUAAGCUGGUGAAGAGUCCGGAUGUGUUCGCUCCAAAGAAUCUGGAGGAGGAAGUUUCACAGUGGCCAGAUUGGAGUUUCAGUUUCAAAGUGUUUGUGGGCUUCAUUGAUCCUACUUAUGCAGAAGAGUUGAAGAAAGUGGUAGAAGAGGAAGGAACCCAUCAAGGAGAUCACGAGAAGAGUUCCUCUAGCAAUGCCCCUCCUGCGAAGAAUGAGACUGGUCAAGUGAGGCAGAUCACAGCUGAAGCAGCGCGCCAAGCAAGAAGAGUAGAGAUGACACAAGAGUGGAACGAUGAGGAUGAAGAGCUCAACUUUGUGAGAUUGUGUCAAGAGUUUGAAGGUUUGGUUCAAGGAGAGCUGAGAAGAGUUGAGGAGUUUGAUAUCUCUUCGAGCGAUGAAGUGGAAGAGAUCGAGGAGGAACCGACUGAUGGUUUGAUGGAGUGGUACCAAGGAUGGUGGUUCUUGGAAACAGAAGUUGAAAGAAGUGUGAGAAUGGUUUCUGAAGGAGAUGAUGUGAGAAGAACAGCAAGAGAAGUGGAUGCAUGUGAGGUAGUGCUCGACAGUGGAGCUGACUGCCAUGUGUUGCCUAUGGAUUGGGCAGAAGAAGUCGGAGAAACUUCGAACUUUGAGUACCAUCUGAAAGAUGCGCAAGGGAAAGUGAUCCCAACGUUGCCUGUGAGGCAGAAUGUGACGUUUGUUUUCACAAAGGAGUCUGGAAAGAAGUUGAAAAUCACUGACAGUGCUGUUUGCGGCAAUGUCACCCAACCUUUGUUUGCGGUAGGAAAGAUGUGGAAGCUAGGUUGGGGUACGGUGAAUGAAGAUGGAAGAUUGUGGUUGAAGAAAGGAAGUGUUCGGAUACCGAUAUACUUCAAAAGGAAUUCCUCAAUGGCGAGGAUGUGUAUACGGAGACUUGAAGGAGAAGAGAUGACGGUGCAGCCUGUGAGGCUGGAGCGAGAACUGAAGAAUGAGUUGAAGAGCAAAGAAGAUGAAGAUGGUUGGUUUGUGCUAAAUGACGGCACGCCUGCAAGGUUUGAUUGGUUUAUGGGGAAGACGUUUGACCCAACGGGUCAGUUCCCUAACAGACUCUAUGAGGGAGCAGGAGAUGAAGGCGAUUAUUUUCCUUAUAGGACAACCUUGCUAGGAAAGAUGAAAAGAAGUGGAGAAAGAGUGUUGAAUGAAGUGGAUUGGAAGAGUAUGGAUUUCUUUGAGUGUACGGAGAUCUGGAAGGAUCGCGAAAGAGUGCAACUUGGGGCGAGUCCUCAAGCAAGGUUUGAGGUGAUGGUCACCUUGUUGGAAAAGGGAUUGAAGGAACCGAGUGACUAUGGGUUGCUCACGAACUUGGAAGAGCUUGAAAGAGAACUGGCACAAGAAGGAGUGCCAAUGGAGGUCACAGGUACCUCCUCAGGUUCGAAAGACAAAAAGGAAAGUGAGAAAGAGGCAUAUCAGCCGGAGCUUUUACAACUUUCGGUUGGAGCUCCAUGGGAUCAUCAGCUGAAGGCUUUGAGGUUUAAGAAGAAGAGAAUUGUGCCUAUUGAUGAUGGGCCAGGAUUGCCAAGAUUGGCGGUGGAAGCUGACAAAAGAGUAGAAGAGGAAAAGAGAAGCGAGCCUUCGCCGCAAAGCGACCGCCAAGGAAGCUCAAGUUCUUCUAGCAAGAGUUCGUCGCUGUCUGGAGCAACGCCAGAAGCAAUGGACGACGAGAGCGAUGACGAUGAUGAUGAUCCAGGAGAAGUGAGAACAAAGAGAAAAGCGGAAGAUGAAUUGGUGCCCGAUGAAAUGACGUUGGAAGAGUUUCAAAGAGAAGUUGCAAAGAGGAAUGCAGAAGAAGAAGGAAGUGCGGCGCGAGUGGAAUACCACAUUCGGAGAUUCGCCAAGAGCGAGGAUCCCGAAGAGCAUGGAGAUGAGUAUGUUGAUCUCGACGAGACACAGCUGUUUCUGGAAGAAAGUCGAGAGUUCCAGAGCAAGUGGAACGAGAAGGUGUGUGAGACAGAAGAGGACCUAACGGUUACUUGCAUGGACCUCGUGGCGGGCGCCGACCUCACGUGCCCAGAAAGGCACAGGGACCUCUUGCAGAAGGCCAAGGACGGGUUCUACCACGCGGCGCACUCUGGGUUUCCUUGUGGCACUUUCUCCCGGCUGCGAUGGAAGGAAACCCCGGGACAGCCGGGACCGGUGCGCUCGAGGGAGCACAUCUACGGGCUCCCCACGAACACCCCAGAGCAACAAGCUCAGGCUGACAAGGGUACCGUGAUGGCCUGCCUCACCUUGGAGAUCCUCAGGGCAGUCGAAGAGAGCCAGCAGCUAGACGGCAUCGUGCGGCCAACCACCAUCGAGAACCCGCCGGAGACGGACCACCCGGAGGCAGGCUCGGCGUUCUACCUCCCGGAGAUCUACCAAUGGACGGAGAGGGAGCACGUCGAGUUUGCCGAUUUCAACACGUGCGUCUACGCCGCAGAAGGGGAGCCCAAACACAAAAAGCCACAGAGGUUCGUCGGCCGGUUAGCCGGGUUGCACGGCUUGACGGCUACUUGCAGAUGCCCCCCUGGGUUCAAGCACCCGGCCGUGGACUACACGAACUCUGCUGCCUCCGCGCGCUAUCCCAAAGGCCUUUGUACGGAGUAUGCCAAGCUCCUUGCGGCCGUUUGGGAAAAGGGCGCCAAGCCAGCGCCGAACAACGAGGCGAAGGUCAUCGAGGAGGCGGAGUGGAAGGGCGGCGAUGGCAAGUUUGGCCCCCUGCGCAAGGAGAAAUCCAAGAAGGCCACGAGAGACGAGGAGAACAAGGCAUCCUUGGGGGGCCUUCGGCGUCCGACCUGGGCUUCCGAGAGGGUGCCGGGGCUACGCGACGUGGGCAACAAGGUCUCCGAGUGCUUCGACGAGUUUUGCAAGUCCCACCCGGGAGCGGCAAAGGCGGCCGAAGGCUAUGGCACCAGCGACUUCCACCUCGAAGGCGUGGUGGAGUGGAAGCAAGCUCUCGAGAAGCAUUUUGGGUUGGAGGACCGCGAGCCGGCGCUGAGCCUCAAGGGCCUCCUCGACUACAAGACGCCGGUGAACGUUAACCUCCUGGAGGCCUGGGCUAAAGCGUCUGGGGAUCCUGACGAGGAGGUAGCCCACCGGCUCCGCACGGGUGCCCCGCUGGGCGCGAAUCUUCCAAUCCGCACGUGCGGCGUCUUCCCGGCCAAGGAGGAAGAUGACCCGAAGUCCUUCGAGGCGGCCGUCGCGGCGGAAGAGUGGGCGAAACAAAACAAUUACAAGAGCUUCGCGGACAACCAGCGGGACGCCGACGCGGAGAUGGCCGAGCGCUACUUCUCCCGCCCGGUGGUGUCCAAGCUGGGGCUGAUAGUUAAGGAGAAGCCAGAUGGCUCGAAGAAGCGCCGCGUCAUCGUCGACGCCUUGCGCAGCGGUGCCAACGCACAGGCGGUGUGCCCAGAGCGCAUCGUGUUGCCGCGUCAAGAAGAUGUGCACGGGUUUCUUCGUGAAAUGAAGCGGCUGGAGCCGGACCUGCGGAGGUGGUACUUUGACAACAAGAUGGAGAGGACCGAGUGGUCGGCAGAGUUCGCGGCGGCCGACUUGGUGGAUGCCUUCACCCACUACCCAGUCGCCGAAGCCGAGCUCACGCAAUGCAUCUCGCCGGCGGGAGACGGGAAACAUGUGUACGUUUUCGUGGCUCUGUUCUUCGGACACAAGACAGCGCCGCUCCUGAUGUGCCGCCUCUCGGCUCUGUUCACCCGCCUGCUGCAGGGCAUGUACUGGAAGGCGGAGCUUCAGAUGGCCACCUACGUGGACGACCCCCUUGCGGCCGUGGGGUCAAGACCGCGACGCCGCGACGCCUCCGGAACCUGCGUCCAGAUGGAGCUGCGGUGGCGCGAAGGAGCUCUCCUCUGCGAGGUCCCAGACAAGCUCAGGCUGGAAAUCCUAGGCUACCUCGACAAGUGGACGGGCAUGAUCCCCGUCUCCGAACUCCGCUCCGUGACAGGCAAGCUCACCUGGGCAGCGGGCAUCUAUCGCCGGGCGAAAUGGGCGGUGAGCAUGCUUUACGCAGCUUUGGCCGCCCACGAGGCGGAAAUUAAGUCGGGCGAGGAGGCAGCACGCAGAGGCAAGCGGUCCGACCAGCGCAACAAGGACCACCUCAUCCCGGUCAAGCGGUUUGAGGCGGCCCGCAGGUGGCUGGCUGAGCUCUUCCGUGUGCAGCGCCUGGCUACCAAGAAGACCCUGUGGAACCCCUCGGACCACGUGAUGUUCAUCACCGACACGUCGCCCCAAGGCUGUGGCGGGCUCUUCUUGACUAGGGCCACAAGCACCUCGUCGUGGACCGUGCUCCGGGCCUACGAGUACGAGGUGGACGAGCACGACGCCAAGCUCCUCAAUUUUGAGUACGGGUCGCACAAGUCCCAAGCCUUCCUGGAGGCACUGGCUGUUCUGCUCGCUCUCCGCGAAUGGGGAACCUUGUUUGCGGGCAUCGACGUGGGCUUGGCCAUCCGAUCGGAUUCUACGGUGGCUUUGUCAGUUGUAGACAAGGAAGCCUCGUCUUCCCCGGCCCUCAACUCCAUCGCGGCGGAGAUCUCUCUGUUGCUGGAGCGCCACAAAAUCGGCCAUGUGACUCUUCAGCACAUCCCGGGGAAGUUGAACAAGCUCGCCGACUUCCUCUCCAGACCCAAGUCUCGCGGCGAGGUACCGGCAGAGCUGGCUGAAGUCAAGUCGGCCAAGCCGAGACGACUUUCCCAGGACGACUUUUGCUUGGGCACACCCGGGUCGCACGAUGCCAGCACGGUGCUUGGCUUGAACACCAUGGAGCUCGUGCUAAGGACACCUGCCGCCCCUGCGCUCCCACAAGAGGACGCGACAGCAUGGAUCCUCCUGUGUGGCUGCGCCGCCUGGACCGCGCUCACGCUCCCCCCGGCGGCAGCAUGGAGCGCUUACCGAUUUCUUCUAUGGGCACCGAACAUGGCGAGGGACACCGAAGAGGACGGCCUCUUCAUCGAGUCGACGAUGCAGGAGCCCCUCCAGAACGAUUUCAAGGUCCUCUUUACAGGUCUCCAUCGCGGCCGAGGUCAAACGACUGCUCAACAGGGACCGCUUCGAGAUCUCGGGCCCGGGACAAAGGAGACGCCGACAAGCUCCCAACGAGACACCCAGAAGGACCCCGGCGCCCGAUCCUUCAUGGGACGCACCCUCGAGACGGGCCUUUUCUCCCACUUUGGUCACCGUGGGCACCCAGACGAGCAAUGCCGAGGAGGAGGUGCCGACAACAAGGGGAUAUGGCCGACCGGCCUCAGUGCGGCAAACACCGCUAUCGAGCCUUAUGGGUCGCUCACGAGCAUUGGCGGGCAACGAGCUCUUCAGAACCUGGCCCCACGAAACCUCGUGAGCGACCUCCGCACCGACAAGGAGAACAAGAAGGUUCUGGGCAAGGCCGGCUUUUUCUCUGCAAGCCUCUCCUUUGAGACCACUACUUUUACUACUCGACGCAAAGGGGGGCGUGGAGCCGAUGUCCGGCUACCUCUCCCGGGGCCCAUCGCGGCGCCGAACCACAGGGGCUCCAAGUUUGCCAAGGCGCUCGAAAUCGCAGCUUCGGAGCCCGACCUACAGAAGGCCUUGGAAGACUUUGAGGGCGACUUCUUCUCGAAGACCAACGUGGCCCCUCGAGCACGCAGGCACAAGGACGCUCUGGACCUUGCCACGGCCUUGAACUCAGGACGGGACCCGUUCCCUUUGGUGCCGGCGGUGGUGCUAAAGUUCGCGGCGGCCCUCAAGAAGGCGGAGUUCAAGUCGGGCGUCCAGUACCUCAGUGCACUUCGAGUUCUACAAGCGGAAAUGGACUUUGCGGUGGGGCCCGCCGUGGCCAGGGCCUUCACUUUGGCCAAGAGAUCUCUUAACAGAAACGUUGGGCCCGGCAAGAAAGCACCAGAGUGCCAACCCGAGAACUUCAAAGAAAAGAAGAAAUACAACCUCAAGCCCGGCCACCUGGCGUUCCCCUACCUUACCUACGCCCUCGCGACCGCCUUCAUGCUGAGGCUCAUCGAGUUCUGUGAGCUGACUUGGCAAGACGUCAUCAUUGCCGAGGACGGCUCCAGCGUGGGGUUGAUACUCGAGAAGUCCAAGAUGGACCAGGAGGCGAAAGGCAUCAAGAGGACGUUAGGGUGCACUUGCGGCACCAAUCCGAAAGGGUGUCCAGUGGAAAUCGCCAAGAUGCUCAAGGCGGCCCACGCAUCCUCAGAGGCGCUGGGGCCGCCGGAGGGUAAAUCCCUCUUGGCAGUCACCUCUGAAGGGCGUCCGGCACCAGAUGAGUUGGUGGUGGCAUCGUGGGCUUUCGCGGCUGGACUGCCGCUUCAAGGCCAUUCGGCCCGGCGCUCAGGAGCCCUUCGCUAUGUCAGGCUGGGCCUCUCCAUCCCGGAGAUCACCUACCUAGGCCGGUGGCACUCCGAUCUUGUUUUCAAAUACGCGGAGGAAGCCUGGGAGGAUAAGGCGUGGCGAGCACCCGGCCAGGACCGAAAGAGGGCACCGAAGAAGGUCGCCAACGCGCCCGUCGCCGCUCUCGAGGACCUCGACAACGCGCCCACGCCCGUCGCCGCCCUCGAGGACCACAGCGACGCGCCCAAGCUCCCGACCGGCAGCAGAAGCCAUGAAGGAGGCGGGGGCGGGGUCUGCGCCCAACUGGAGAUUCUGGUAGACAGGCCAAAGUGGGUGCAGACCUUCGGCCGCUCCAAAGUCAUUCAUCUCAUGGAUCCGUCCCCGGCCGUUUCUUCAGCUCAGUGGAAGACGAAGUGCGGCUGGCCAUUCGCUCGCACGGCCCACUUCAGUCUGUUCUCUACUCCACCCUCGUCCCUGAAGAGAUGUAUGAAAUGCAGGCUCCAUUGGAAGGGCAUCGCGGCGAGCCAUGAUACGAGAGAGACCGAUGCCGUUAAUGCAGAGGGUCUUUCGGCAGCCGGCGAAGCCAAGGGCUUGCAGCUGCAUCCGGACGCAUUGGGUGAAAACAGUCCGCUCUAG